AUGUCCGAAGAUGCUGGUACUCAUCAUAAUGACAGGGUAGUGCUCAAAAUUUCCAAACUUUUGGAAAUAAAAUUAUCACAACUAAGAUAUUUCACGUUCUUGAUAAUUGGAAUCGCUCUAUUAUGGCCAUGGAAUUGCUUCCUAUCAGCAUCUGCUUACUAUGGGACAAGAUUUAUAAAUUCGCCCUCAUUAGUCAAGAUAUACAGCUCGACCAUGAUGUCUGUGUCAACCAUAACUUCGGCUAUUUUCAAUUACUAUUUAUCACAACAACAAACUGGAGUCAACUAUUCUAAUAGAGUUAAAUUAGGCUUUAAUUUGACUAUUAUCAUUUUUAUAUUCAUGGCUAUCACAUGCAUAACACAGAUAUUCAUAAAUAUGAACGAUAGUUUCUUCUUUUCAAUUUUGAUGAUAAUGGUUUUACUAUCAGCAGGUGCAACUUGUUUAGCUCAAAAUGGAACAAUGGCUAUAGUAAAUGUCAUGGGAAGCAUUUACGCAAAUUCAGUAAUGGUUGGUCAAGCCGUUGCUGGAGUUCUACCAUCUUGUGCUUUGAUCAUCUCGAUAUUAGCAGUUGGGGAAAAGACUUUAGAAAAUCAUAAGAUUGAAAAAGAUUUUGGUGUAUUCGUUUAUUACAUUACGGCUAGCUUGGUUUGCAUGUUGUCGAUCAGCUUGUUAUACUUGAUAGAUGAACGAAAAGAGCAUGCAAUCUAUGAAAGAUUAGACGAAUUGAUGGAGGAAGAACAUACUACAACUGAAUUAGGGGAUGGAGAAGAAGAAUACGAAACAGUUACCCAGAAGAAUUUUGUUUCUUUUUCGGAUUUGUGGUCAAAAUUGAAUCUCAUAGUUAUGACGAUUUUUCUUACUUUUUCAAUUACAUUAAUAUUUCCAGUUUUUGCCUCAAUUGUUGAAUCAGUCAAUGAUGAAUCUGAAUUCAAAUUUUUCAAUAAACAAAUUUUUAUUCCGUUCAUUUAUCUUAUUUGGAAUCUUGGAGAUUUAUUAGGAAGGAUAUUAUGCGGUUAUCCAAAAUUAAAAAUGUUAAUUACGAAUCCAAAAGUUUUAAUUAUAUACUCAGUAUCAAGGAUUGUUUUCAUACCGUUAUUUUUCACAUGUAAUGUUAAACCUGGUGUAUCGAAUCCACUCGUGAAUUCGGAUUUAUGGUAUAUCCUUUUACAACUACUAUUUGGUAUUUCGAACGGUCAGUUGUGUACUUCAUCAUUUAUGAUUGUUGGAAAAUUUUGUGAUAAUGAUGAUGAAAAAGAAGCUGCCGGUGGUUUUACUACUGUAUUUUUAAGUUUUGGUCUAAUGGCAGGAAGUGUUUUUAGUUAUUUAUUAGUCUUAUAUUUGAAUUAG